AUGGAGCAGACAAAGAGCACAGAAGAGGUAUUUGCAGGGGCGUCCUUCAACGAUGCGCCAAACCCUCAGGACCUUCCCAUCCCCAACAUCCCCAAGGGAUUCGUUUUGAAAAAGAAGCAGGAGCCAGAGAAGCAGCAGAAGAAACAGAAGAAGUAUGUAUCCAAGAAUAAAUAA